GCAGGAUUAUAUCCUUCCGCUCUCAACCAUUAUUUUUAGUCUGAAAAUCAAACUAGUUGUUUUAACUAUUCACUACUGUUGUACUUAUUUGUACUAUUUUUCGAAGACAAGGACAAAUAGGAGUCAAGUCACAACACUCAUACUUUAUUAUUCGUUUAUGUCUUAUCACAGAACUUAUUAGAAAUUAACCAUGGGAAGUUCUGAUUGCUUUAAAAUGUCGAGUAUAUGCGUGUUAUUCGCAGUUGAGUUGCUGAUGUAUUUCAUAAAACCUCUGAAUGCAGAGAAGUUAGUUAAUGGAACUUGCCCAUCUAAACAAAGGACAUUUUGCUAUGAUGGCAUAAUUGUUCCAAUGUGGAGGCCGUCAACUGGUAUUACUGCUGGAGAUAAGGCUGCUAGGGCCAUUGUUUAUUUCGCAGCAUUAAUGUAUUUAUUCCUGGGUGUGUCAAUUAUUGCUGACCGUUUUAUGGCUGCGAUCGAAGUAAUUACUUCCCAAGAAAAAGAAGUCACAAUUCGGAAAAAGAAUGGUGAAACACAGACGGUAUCCGUUCGUAUCUGGAAUGAAACAGUCUCCAAUUUGACUUUAAUGGCACUUGGAUCUUCUGCACCUGAGAUAUUGUUGUCUGUAAUAGAAAUAAUUGGAAAAAAUUUUGAAGCUGGAGAUUUGGGGCCUGGAACUAUUGUUGGAUCUGCUGCAUUUAAUUUAUUCGUUAUCAUUGGUGUUUGUGUGUUGGUUGUUCCUGAUGGCGAGAUUCGUAGAAUAAAACAUUUAAGUGUCUUUUUCAUCACGUCUUCAUGGAGUGUAUUCGCUUAUCUUUGGAUGUAUCUCAUCAUUGCAGUUUUUACUCCGGGCUCGGUCGAGGUUUGGGAAGCGCUGCUUACUUUCAUUUUCUUCCCAGUCAUUGUUAUUUGUGCAUAUAUUGCGGACACUAAGAUUUUCUUCAAAAAGUUCUUGAGAAAAAAAUAUCGUGCUACUGCUUUGAUGAAAGCUGCUAAUGGUGACUUGGAGUUAGCUAAUCAUACUGAAGAAGUAACUUAUACGCCUGAGGAGACAGACGUGCUCCCUGAGGAGUCAGAAUUUGAUCGACAUAGAAUGGAUUAUGUUGAGGCAAUUAAAGAAAUCAGGAAAAGAAAUCCAAAUAUUGGAAUGAAGGAGCUAGAAGAAUUGGCUCAAAUAGAAGUAUUAAAUAAAGGUCCAAAAUCUAGAGCUUAUUACAGAAUGCAAGCCACACGCCAGUUGACAGGAAGUGGUAAUGUUAUCAAGAAGGCUAAAGUCGAACGCAGAAUGUCUUUUGAUGAUACCCAUACGACAACUGAGGCUUACCCUCCACAUGUUCAGAGGUUCUUUUUCAAUCCGGGGCAUUAUACUGUGAUGGAAAAUGUUGGGACUUUUCCAGUUACAGUUACUCGAGUAGGUGGGGAUAUGCAUGCCGUUGUUUCUGUGGAGUACUUUACUCUUGAUGGAACUGCUGUUGCAGGUGAAGAUUAUGAGCCAGCCAAAGGAAUUCUGUUGUUUGAAGCAGGAGAGACGCACAAACAAAUAAUGAUCUCAAUAAUAGAUGAUGAUAUCUUUGAAGAAGAUGAACAUUUCACUGUUCAUCUGAGAAACCUAGAAGUGAAGGAUUCCCGAAAUCGAGUGGAACCAAUUUUAGUUGAUCCUAUGGUUGCGACAGUUAUGGUUUUGGAUGAUGAUCAUUCUGGAGUCUUUCAGUUUGAUGUCAAUGAAGUUACUGUCAGCGAGUCAUGUGAAUUUGCUGAAGCUAAAGUGCAACGCGUUUCCGGUUGCCGGGGAGUUGUUCGUCUUCCAUAUCAAACUGUUGAAGGUACAGCUAAAGGGGGAGGAAAGGAUUUCGAAGAUGCUGUUGGAUAUAUAGAAUUUCAGAACGACCAGACUGAAGGCACAAUUCGAAUUCGGGUCGUCGAUGACAAUAAUUAUGAGAAGUCAGAGUACUUUUACUUACAACUUGGAGAACCAAUCCUUGUGGACAAAGAUGCAAUUAUUGACUGGGAAACAGUACCAAGUAGUAUAUUGUCACGGUUUACUCAACGUUCAGACAGUUUAGCCAGUACUGUAAAGCGUCAUUCCCUUGCGCCUCACAAUAAAGAUGAGACUCCUAAUCUGUUAAAUCCACGUAAAUCACUAGUAGAAACUGGAAAACCGAGACUAGGACAACUAACAAGAAUCAAGAUUACAAUAACAGAGAGUACUGAAUUUAAGCACACAGUUGAUCGAUUAGUUAAACAAGGUAAAUGGUCACUAGUGGUUGGUACAUCGUCUUGGAAGGAACAAUUCAUUGAGGCGAUCACUGUCAGUGCUGGUGGUGAAGCUGAAGGCGAAGAAGAAGAAAAAUUACCCACAUGUAUGGAUUACGUGAUGCACUUUCUAACAGUUUUCUGGAAAGUUCUCUUCGCAUUUGUCCCACCAACAGACUAUGGUGGUGGUUGGUUUUGCUUUACUGUUUGCAUAUUAGUCAUUGGUGUGUUAACAGCAGUCAUAGGAGAUGUAGCAUCCUCAUUCGGCUGUUCCGUUGGACUGACUGAUGCUGUGACUGCAAUUACAUUUGUUGCACUUGGUACUAGUUUACCAGACACAUUCGCAAGUAAAGUUGCUGCUGUCGGGGAUCAGUAUGCCGAUUCAUCUAUUGGUAAUGUAACAGGUAGUAAUGCCGUCAAUGUAUUCUUGGGUAUCGGUUUAGGCUGGAGCAUAGCAGCUAUCUAUCAUGCUAUAAAAGGAACCCAAUUUCUAGUUCAACCAGGAUCAUUGGGUUUCUCUGUAACAAUAUUUUGUAUAUUCGCGUUGGCUGCUAUCGCGUUAAUAUUGUUUCGGCGUAAAAAAUCAAUCGGUGGUGAACUGGGUGGUCCGAAAGUAGCUAAAUACUGUUCAGCUACAUUUUUAUUCUUUUUAUGGUUCGUUUACAUUCUAUUGGCUGGUCUGGAAAACUAUUGUAUCAUUGAAGGCUUCUAAACAAACAAAAACAAAAAGAUACUAAACCAUACUAAUUCAUCUUGAUGAUGGACAAUAACAGGAGAAAGUAGAAUGGACAAACUGUCGUACGAAUCUUUCUCCAUGUUUUUAACUGUGAAAUUAAACUGAAAAGAAAUUAGAUUACAACCCCACCCCCUCUUUUAAAUUUACUCUUUUCAUGUUUCUGUGUAUAUGCUAUUUAGAAAAAGAUAACUAUAUUCUCUAUUCUCAUUAGUCAUAUUUAAAGAAAAUAUGUUUCUUCGUUUCUUAGUUUUUUAUUACUGUUAUUAUGAUUAUUACUAUUAUUAUUGUCAUAUGAUAAAUAUCAGUUUUCACAGAAAUAAAACGGAUUACGUUAACUUUAACCAAUAAUAAUGGAUGUUGAUAAUCCCCCCCCCUUUUUAUAACACAUUACAGCUGUAAAACUAAUGAUAUAUAUAUAUAUAUAUGUUUAACGCUUAAACAAUUUGACCAGCCUAAACGCAAACACACACCAAUUGCUUAUAUUUCAAAGAUAUUUCUUUUCAUUGGUUUAUUUGUAUUAUAAAUCUGUCCGUUAGCUGUACUGAAAUGUAUGCAGCAUAGGGGUGUAAAAACAGAACACGCUGUUACGUAACUUCUUGCGCACUCUUGUUAACUUUUUACUUACAGAAGCCUUACAGUUCUUACAUAGAUUACUCUUAGUUUAUAUUUUUAUAAGUAGUAAGUUAACUUUACGGUAUACACAUAUUUAUGUAUAUGACUAUGCAUUCAUAGAUGAAUAUAACUCGGCAUAUAUUCCACAAUUUAAAAAUAUACUCUCGAUCUACAUAGUUUUCCCAAAUAAUUUUUCCUAAUGUUAUAUAUAUAUAUACAUAAAUUUUGAAGUGAAGAGUUAAAUAUACACACAUAAAAAAAACACCUGAACGUAAAUGUCCAUUGUGACCGCCUGUUCCCAUCUUAAAAGGCUUUAUUACACACAAUAGUGCUUAAUAUUAUAACUGUCAGUUGUAUUUCUAUUCUUUCAACAACUAUCGAUUUCCUUUUCAAUAUUAGGCACCAAAUUCUUAUUGUUCACUUUUAUCUGGUCACAAACUGUGGACAGUUUACGCAUACACAAAAACAAUAUACACAUACAUCAUGACAUUUAUUUAAAGUCUGAUAUAACCUGAAGGGGAAUUUUCGUAUAUUCUUUUUCACGCAUUAUACUAAGUGAAAGAAAGAAGGCGAGCCUAAGUAAAACAACCAUCCAACCAACCAACCAAUAGUCAUGUCUUAUGAAUACAACUAACAUGUAUACGCACAUCAUUCCAAACAUAAAACCAGUGAAUCAAAUGAAGCAGUAUCCUUGACCACUGCGGAGACGUAGUAUAAUGUAUUUCUAUUGUUGAUGUAAUGCAUCAAAAUAAGUUAGAAAAACAAAACUGUCGAAUCUACUGCUCACAUCAGCGAAGAAAAACACCAAGACUUGUGUAUGCACAAUUGUCAUUACCUAAGAAUACAAGAGAUGAAUUAAUAAAAACAUUUCCAAUCUCUUCAGAAAAAGUGAUCAUGCACACUACUUCCUUUACACUGUGGUGACCAACAUUUAUUUGUACACAAUUAUAUUUUUUGUAAGUAACCCUAGCCUAUAUGAAGAGUGUAUAUUUAUUAUGUAUAAACAGGGGGAGUGGGGUGUUAAAAUGACUCGCCUACAGCACUCAUUGUGAACACAAAUUUAUUCAUCAAUACAUUAUUGUGUUGUUAAGAGCCUCUGUCACGCGAAUCAGUUUAUCCCCAUCAAUUUUUUGGAAUUUACAAAUAGACAGAUACGUCCUUUUUCGCAACUGAUAUAUAUAUUAGUAUGUUGAUAAGUUUUGCACAAUUUUAACAAAUGAAAAUACUCUUGUAAACCACUGCAAAAAGUACCAACUGUUGUCUUGGGAAGUACACCUACUUUAAUAGUUUGUUUUUUUCCUUGCCUGUAUAACAUAUUCAGUAGCAAUUUUCAGGUUUUUGAAAAUUUAGUUAUUUUAAUUAACACUAAUAAAAAUAAGUAAAUAUGAAUGAAUACUAAUGUAUGCAUACUUUAGCUUAAUUAAAUCAAUUUAUAUAUAUGAUCAUCCUUCUGUAUUCCUGUGUGGUGUUUUCCUUUUCUCUUCACCCUUUGUUUCUAUAUACUAUUUUCAUUUGAUAUUACGGGGUUUAUACCAUGUAUCAUUAUUUCUUUCUUGUUUGAUUUUAACAAAUAAAAACAAAAUAUUCCUAAUAACAAUAGUAACAGUUAAAACGAUACUUAAUAUCCAUUAUUCAAAUAUAUAUAAAUAUACAUGUAUCCUAACCAAUUCACACUAUAUUUAAAAGCACCAAAUACUAAAAUCACAUUUCCUUUGCUAUAUUAUAUAUUCUAGUACAGAGAUUAUUUAAAUAAACAAAAAACAUGUAUCCUGGCUUUCUGUAUUAGUUCUUAGUUCUUUUUAUUGUCACUAAUCGUGAAUUUACCAUUUUAGAUUCAAAAAUAUUGAGGUCUAUCCAAGACUGAAUUAAUAACGUGGAAAACAUGAUCUACUCAGUGAUUUUUGAACUAAGUAUAUUUUACAUCCUUACUGACUUUGAAAUCAAUUUGACAGUGAAAGUAACCAACUGAUUAAGACUCCGUGUGUAAUAGAUAUUAAGCUGUUUCCUAACUAACAGUAUAUGACCAUUUUGGUUGUCCCAGUUUGAACAUACUCAAUCAGCUGCAGUUGAUAUAAGAUUAGAGACUACAGUUUUCAACCCUGUGACACACUUAUUGAAAUGUGGGCAGCUAGAUAGUAACGACUGGAUCUAACACUAUGCCGGCUACAUAACAAAAAAUUGGUUUUUGAUACACAAAUUAGCUAUCCAAUAGUUUACACCGAUGAAAACAGCAAAAAAUUUUCGGUAGAUUUGAUUAGCCUUUCUGAACACAUUUAGGAACAGUAUUAUGUCAUGACUGCCGCCCAAGGAACAAACUUAUAACUGAACCAUUUCUAUUGAUUAUUACACUCGUUUUUAGUCUACUCAGAAGAAACUAUAAUAUUAUAAAAGGAAGAACCCCAUCAUUUAGUAGGAGCCCACGGUUUCACACUACAAAUAGAUAAAUAUGUGGUUAGUUUUAAGAAUGCUUUACUCGAACGAUAAGCCCUAAUGGAUUGUUACCAUAGUUAUAUAGAAUGUAUAUAACGCUUUUCGCACACUCUGUCAACACUGCGA